CUUAUCUUGUUCCUUUCUUUCUUUCUUUUUUAAUUUCACACAUAACUUUAUAAUGUCUACUUCAGAACACCCACCUCUUACCAAAAAAGAUACCUUGGUUCACUUUAAUGAAGGUCACGCCGAAGAAGGUCAUGAAUUAACUCGCGUCGUUCUUAUCUGUCUGGAUCCAGAGUCUGCAGAUGUCACGUUUCAAUGGGCUUUAGAUAAUUUUAUCACACCUGCUAAAGAUUUGGUUAUUUUGGUUCAUGUUCGUCAAAUUGAUAUACCUGUUGCACCCUAUAUUGAUUCCACAGGAUUUAUUGAUGAUGUAAGUGAGGAAAGGAGAGAAGAAAGUCAUCAUUUAUUACGAGUAUUUGCAGCAGAACUUCACAAGAGAAAGGUGGCAUGCAAAGCAAUUUCAAUGGUUGGUGAUCCCAAAUCCGAACUUUUAAGAAAGGCUAAAGAGAUCAAAGCGGAUGUGGUACUUGUGGGUGCACGAAAAAUGGGUGCCAUUAAAAGAACUCUUUUGGGUAGUGUCAGCGAUUAUAUUGUACACAAUUGUCCUUGUACAGUCAUUGUCACCAAACCUGAAGAGGAAAACCAUACACAAGAACGUCGCAGGUCAAUCGUAUCACUUACAUCUAGCCCAAACACUACAAAGUAGUUACAUGUUUAGCGAGAUGCACUCUCAGAGUUAUUACUUUAUGUUUAUAUUUGAAGUAUAAAACAAUAAAUAAUAUCAUUCAGCUUUGUUCAAGUCA